UUGCCUCUGGUAUAAUUCAUGUAAGGGAUGUAAAGAUUAGAGAAAUAUUAAAAUGUUAAAAUGCAGAACCACAAAUAUUUUCAUAUUAACUUACUGUGGGAAAUAAUAUGUGGAUAUUAUUCCAAACCUUAAUGUUGUUUUAUUAUCUACUAGAGUAAGUGUGGAAGAACUGAUGAAGUUUAUAAGUAGACUGAUAUUGUUGGUGACUCUUAUUGUUGGAUUAGUAUAUCUGCGCUACAUCUUAGAAGAUACACACCAGGAUCAGACAUUUCCACCAUUAUGUACAGGAUAUAACCCUUCUGUCAAACCACAACCAAAAUACAAUAUCUUCAAACUGGGCCCAUUCAAAUAUUUAGACAACUAUAAAAAUCCAUGUUGGAGAAAUGAUCAAAAGAAGGUCCAGUGCUUACCAUAUUUUUAUCUAGCUGGUAUGCCUAAAUGUGGUACAACUGACCUGUAUGAUAAGAUUAUCAAACACCCGGAGAUAGCUCCAUUACAAAAAUCAACCGGAUACCACUGGAUUACACGUCAUAGAUUUAGAGAGGAAAAUCCCGGUUUUAAAUAUUUUGUCAACUGUCGUCAACACGUUGUACCGUCCAUUGAAAAACUAACAGUGUUGUACCCAAGAGAUUCAUCCCAGUUAUAUCACCCAAUGAUAACAGGCGAUGCCGGGACGUCUACAUUUUGGGAUCAUAGUCACUGGCCAUUAGUGCCUGGUAAUGAAAAUUGUAGUAGCCCAAGAAUAACCAACGCCAUGAUGCUUCACCACCUCUUCCCUGCCACCAAGAUUAUUGUUAUUCUUCGUAACCCAACAGAUAGACUUUAUUCAGAUUAUGUAUACUUUCGUAAAAAUGUAAGCCAGGAACAGUUCCAUGAUUAUUGUAAACAAUCUAUAAUAUUAUUUAAAGAAUGUGAAAAGAAACAUGGAGUCAGAUAUUGUGUUCAUAAUUCAUCUAUAGUUAACCAGUUCAAGGUUAGGAUCCACAUUGGACUAUAUUCCAUAUAUAUGGCCGACUGGUUAGACGUUUUUCCUAGAAACCAAAUUUUACCAAUAAAACUUGAUGAUUAUUCGAAAAAUCCCACCAAAACAUUCACAGAAAUAUUUUCGUUUUUAGGUGUUGCUUCGUUGAAUCAAGAAGAAAUACAGAAGAUUAUUGACGGGGCGAAGAAAAAUGUAGGAACCAGAAAACAGAAUAUGGGUGCAAUGAAAUCUGAAACGAGAACAAUGUUAAAUAAGUUUCAUGCGCCUUUUAAUAAGGUCAUGGCGGUUCAAAUGAAAGAUGAAACAUUUCUUUGGUUACGUGAAUAGUGGUGCUUCAUCUUUUCCUAAAAUUGUAUUGGUGGUCAUAUUAAAUUCCUUCUGUCAGUUCUAGAAGCUGCGAAUCGCUUUUACGGAUCUCUCAUAGCAAGAAAUUUUAUAUUUUAUAAUCCACCGAAUGGGCAUGCAAUGUGCCAAAUGGGGAAUUUUUCCCUGACAGCAAAUUCCAACAAUAAAGUGUUAUUUUACGUGCACGCAAAUGUGUACGCAGAACUUCGGGUUUUGGUCCCACCCGAACAACUAGAUAUUGUCCUUGUCAGGCCCUCUACCCUGCGCCACUAACAAGGGGAAACCAAGCCGGAAAAUCCCGAGGAGCUUUCUCGGACAACACUGGGAGCGAACCCAGGUUAGCAAGCCAGUGUCUUACUCACGGAGACAUUUUAUGUUUCGAAUCGUUCAAAAUUUUCAUUCUGGGGAUUAACAGUCGGCUGUAUAAAGGUGAAAACUAACAGUCGGUUGUAUAAAAGUGAAAAUUAAAAUAGUAAACUAACUGACGUUAGAUAAAUCUUCUGAAGCAAACAAUUAAAAGGACUAGCUUCAGCAAUCACUAAUAGAAAUAACAUUUAUAUAACAUGUUUAUAUAACAUUUCUGGCUGAAAGGCAAAGUGAAUUUGGCAUGUUAUAAGGGAUUCGGGAUUCGCGAAUACCGUGCUGGCUCGUUAUUCGGGAUUCGCCAAUAGCGAAUAACGAUCCAGCAUGUUAUUCGGGAUUCGGGAUUCGCCACUAAAACAGACCAGUCUACCUUCCAUCCGACCAUUUCCUCGUUACCUCCGACCCUAGGAGUAAGUGAACGUCGGGUGGC